UUGUUUUGUGGCGUGGGCACGGUUGAGCUUCCCUCACCUCACCCUCUUAUCCGCAUGUUCUGUUCUGUUCUGUCACAAACGCCCAUUCCCAACACAACACAACACUCAUCCUGUUCUUGUUCUUGUUCAUGUUCAACAACUGCUAUGACAUCAGAUGACCCCCUUCACUCUCCUUCGUAGCGUUGCUUUUCAAUUAACAGACCAAAACCAUAUCAUUCUUCUUCGCCGCAUCCACUAGAAUGUCGUGUUUGUUGCCGCACUUCAACUGCCACCUCGACACGUUCAGGCCUCUUCCCUAUGCCCAUCAUCCAUCCAAAACAAGACCCAAUUUGUGUCUCCAGCCACAAUGCGUCUUGUCUGCCACUUCUCCUCCUUCAACGCUCCUUAAUUUGGAAAACAAGUUGGCAUUAGAAGCUCCUUCUCAUCCAAACACGCCUUGGCCCUAUAUCACUGCUCCCUCACAGGAUAACUUUAAAUCAACCUUAUCUGCGGAAUCUCUUCUUACAAAUGAAGAGGCUGUAAUAGCUGCUGCUGCGUCUGAAGCUCUUGCUCUUGCUAAAGCAGCUGUGAAGGUUGCGAAGGAUGCAGCUUUACUAGUAAAAAAGAAGCCCCCAGCAGAAGCAGAGUAUAGAUCACAUGUUUCUUCCAAAUCUGAUGAUUUACUUCUCAAAUGGUUUCAACAUAUGGAAGCAGAAGAUGGUGUAGCAGGAGGAUCCAUAGAUGCUGGUGCGGAAAUAAUGGAAGGUGUUGACAUAAACCCCAGUGAAGAGGAAUCUGAUGUAGAGCCUUCCCUUGAGGAACUUGAGUGUCUUCAGGAAGAGCUUUCUGACAGUAUUGCCGUAAGAUCUAGGCGCCAAAUAGAAAGAAAAGCUAAAAGAGUCAGAGCAGCAGAGAAGGCUACCACAAAUAUUACAUCUAUUAAGUCUGGCUCCUCCAGCAGGAGAAAGCGUGUUUCCAUGCAAGAAGUAGAUUAUUCAGAUCCACUUCGUUACUUAAGAACAACAACUAGCGCUUCUAGGCUUCUUACUCCGUCUGAAGAAAUUAAGUUGUCAGCAGGAAUACAGGACCUUUUAAAGCUUGAAAAACUCCAGGAGGAUCUUACAGAAAGAUUUGGUGGUCAGCCAACGUUUGCUCAAUGGGCUGCAGUGGCAGGGGUAGAUCAGAAGACACUUAGGAAACGUUUAAAUUAUGGUAUAUGUUGCAAAGACAAAAUGAUUAAAAGCAAUAUACGACUUGUCAUAUCAAUUGCUAAGAAUUAUCAAGGAUCUGGGAUGAAUCUGCAAGAUCUUGUCCAGGAAGGAUGCCGUGGCCUUGUAAAAGGUGCAGAGAAGUUUGAUGGUACCAAGGGUUUUAAAUUCUCCACCUAUGCUCAUUGGUGGAUUAAACAGGCUGUUCGGAAAUCACUUUCUGAUCAGUCAAGAACUAUUCGCUUGCCAUUUCACAUGGUUGAGGCGACUUACAGAGUGAAGGAGGCCAGAAAACAAUUGUAUAGUGAAAACGGAAGACAGCCUGAUGACGAAGAAGUUGCUGAAGCAACUGGGUUGUCAAUGAAGAGGCUUAAUGCUGUACUUUUGACCCCGAAAGCUCCCAGAUCUCUGGAACAGAAGAUUGGGAUCAACCAGAAUCUUAAACCUUCAGAAGUAAUUGCUGAUCCUGAUGCCGAAACAACCGAAGAACAGCUCCUUAAACAGUUCAUGAAGAAGGACCUGGAAGAGGCACUAGACAGUCUCAAUCCAAGAGAGAGGCAGGUGGUAAGAUGGAGGUUUGGCAUGGAUGAUGGAAGGACGAAGACCCUACAAGAGAUAGGGGAGAUGUUGGGUGUGAGUAGGGAGAGAAUUAGGCAAAUCGAGUCAAGUGCUUUUAAGAAGCUUAAGAACAAGAAGAGAACCAAUCAUUUGAAGCAGUAUUUGAUUUCAUAACCCUACCAAAUAUUAAUAUUAAACCGCUGGAUGAGUUAGCUUAUUUGAUACUUGUGAGGUCCUAAUCCCUUUUGAUCUUCGUCUGUAUGCUUCCUCCAUUUUUCCCCAUUCUUCAAAAGAGAAGACAAAACGUUAUUUUUAGUAUACUAGGAAAUGGAUGUACACACAAAGGAAUAACUUUUGCGUAAGAGUCCACCGUUUUUAAUGUAUGUGAAGUGCUAAAAUUGUUUCAGGGAAGUUAUCU